UGUCUCCCUUAGAGCAGCUCUUCAAUUGGGAAUAAUUUUCCAUUUCCUGCUGUCAAUGAAACUCCGAAACUUGUCAACAAAAUGAGAAUGCUAUGAUAUAACUAAGCCAGCUAAAGUUGGUUUUUAGUCCAAAAUGGAAGGUAAAGAAGGACACGAGCUGUUUCCGGAACCAAAGAGUCCGCAAGCAGCCGCAGCCAGUAGCGAAUCAAUCUCCACAUCGGAGCGCUCUGCAUCGUUUCCCCACGAAACAUCCAGCACCAGUUCCAAAGAAUCAGAAUCGCCAUCGAAAUCACUGUGUUCUUCGUCCUCUACAUCAUCGGAGCAUGUUCCUGCUGAAAUUAUUCCUCUAAAGGUUCUGAGGGAUUCUACUAAACUUGGACAAUCUGAUGAUCCACCUCUUCUUCAGGGAGAAAAAGUCCAGGGAAUAGGAAAGGAUGUGACCUAUCUAUGUCCAUACAGUGGAGCUGUCAAGGGUACCCUUACUGUCACAAACUACAAACUUUACUUCAAAAGUUCUGAGAGGGAAUCACCUUUUAUCCUUGAUGUGCCGCUUGGUGUCAUCAGCAAGAUAGAAAAGAUAGGGGGUGCUACCAGUCGAGGGGAAAAUUCCUACGGGAUAGAUCUCCUAUGCAAGGACAUCAGAAACUUAAGGUUUGCACACAGACAGGAAAAUCAUUCAAGAAGACAAGUGUUUGAAAAAAUUCAGCAGUAUGCCUUUCCCAUCACAAAUAAACAGCCAAUAUAUGCCUUUGAUUUGGCCGAAGACUAUGGAGAAGAUGGAUGGAAAGUGUUUGACCCAAUAGCAGAAUUUAAACGCCAGGGUUUACCAAAUGAAAGCUGGAGAGUGACACGGAUCAAUGAAAAUUAUGAGUGUUGUGACACCUAUCCCUCUUUGUUUGUCGUGCCUGCUGCUACAACAGAUGAUGACAUCAAACAAGUGGCCAGUUUUAGAACUAAGGGCAGACUACCUGUUUUAUCAUGGAUCCACCCUCAAAGUCAGGCCACCAUUUCACGCUCUGGGCAGCCACUAGUGGGCGUGGUGAAUAAACGUAACAAGGAUGACGAACGCUACAUACAGAUGAUCAUGGAUGCUAACGCACAGUCACACAAACUCUACAUCAUGGAUGCUCGUCCUAGUGUCAACGCCCAGGCUAACAAGGCAAAAGGAGGAGGGUAUGAACGAGAGGAAAACUACCAGAAUGCAGAGGUUGUCUUCUUAGAUAUACACAACAUCCACGUCAUGAAGGACAGCUUGAGGAAGUUGAGAGAUGUGGUGUUUCCUACGAUAGACGACGCCCACUGGCUGACUAACAUCGAAUCAACACACUGGCUGGACCACGUAAAGCAAAUUUUGUCUGGUGCACUGAGGAUAGCUGAUAAACUGGAGUGUAACAAGACCUCUGUACUGGUACACUGUAGUGACGGCUGGGACCGGACAGCCCAGCUCACCUGUCUGUCGAUGAUCAUGUUGGACCCCUACUACAGGACUCUGACAGGCUUUGAAGUCCUUGUGGAAAAGGAGUGGCUUAGCUUCGGGCAUAAAUUUGCACAGAGAGUUGGCCAUGGUGAAGAUAAACACUCGGAUGCUGACCGUUCACCGGUGUUCCUACAGUUCAUCGACUGUGUGUGGCAGAUCGUGCGCCAGUUUCCAAAUGCCUUUGAGUUUAACGAGCACUUCCUGAUAACUAUAAUGGACCACCUGUAUAGCUGCCUGUUUGGGACAUUCCUCUGUAACUGUGAACAACAGAGACAUAAGGAGAACCUGAAACAGAAGACUGUUUCUCUGUGGUCGUUUGUGAACUGUCAGAAGGAAGAGUUUAUUAACCCACUGUACGCAGCCUAUCUUCACCAGCAUGUGCUCUUCCCAGUGGCCAGUAUGAGGAGGAUUGAGUUAUGGACUGGAUACUACUGUCGCUGGAACCCACGCAUGAGGCCACAGGAACCCAUACAUCUGAGGAACAGAGAGCUGAUUAUACUAAAAGCUCAGCUUCAAAAGACAGUGGAGGAACUACAGGAGGAACUUGAGGCCAGAAACUCCGGAGGUGGACUCGCUCCGGGACGUCACAGUCCCCCAAGGAUAUCGGCUCCCAUCAAUGUCUAGUUCAGGAAAGAUUUAUAGCAUC